AUGACUCAUUCUGCCCUGCCUCCUCUUCUCAAGUUUGAAAGCAUAGCGCGAAUUCAUGGUUCAGCUUUUCACGGGAUAUCUCUGUCCACAGCAGUUGCCGUCUCCAUUUUAUCGCCCCUGGCAGUGGUGGCUAAUGGUCUGAUUUUGGCGGCAAUUUGGAGGAACCAAUCUUUGAGAAAUCCUUCCUAUGUUCUGCUCGCUGGAUUAGCUCUCACCGACUUGGGUACUGGACUCAUCCGCCAGCCUAUGUAUGUCACAAACGAGUUGAUUUACUUGUUAAAACCUAGGGGGAGCGUGGUUGUAACUUAUGCUAUGGUCGAUGGCUGUGUCACGCUCUUUUCACACAGUACAGCAUUUAUUAUGACAGUCAUGUCAAUUGAACGGUGGUUGCACAUGGCUAGAAGGUCGCUGAUAAACGUGCGUCGAGCCUUUAUCAUUGUUGUCUCUUUAUUUCUCCUUCCUAUUCCAGUAACUGUGUAUCGUGUGCUCCAAAGAUUGAAGCGAGCUCCUACACCUGUGGUAGAUGUUAUUUCCAGUUCACUAGUCCCAUUCUUGCUAACUGUCAGCUCAGUAGCUUACUUGAAAGUCUUUCGAAUAAUUCGUCGCCAUCAGCAGAAGUCAUGUCCGUUGAAAGAUGGCUGCACAUGA